ACUGAAGUUGAAGACAAUACUUGUGUUGGCGAAAGCAGAAGUGUCAUCAAAAGGUAAGUGUCAUUUGAAUAAAAAUUCAGUGGAACCUCCGAUGACGGCAACGGCAGUGUAAAGUUACUUACAAAUUUCAUUUGUGUAAAGGUACCACCGAGGCGUUGUUUGUCGACCUCUGGUGAGUGGUUUAACCGCUUCGAUUUUCGAAAGUGGUGAUAGAAGAAGCCCUACCGAUAAACUCGUAAUCAGAAAUAACAAGCUUGAACAUUUUCCCCAAAAGAGAGAAAUUAACGUCGAUGUGCUACACUUGUUAAAAAAAGGAAAGUGGCAGUGAAACAUUCUUGUUCCGCGCGAGAUCACAUACCGUGACGCCUCGUUUUCGAUAGUUUUCCUCUUUCAUCCUUUCACACCAGUGAGGGAAAUCGACCUUUCCUCUGUGGAGAGCGUUAUUUAAAUAGUUGUGUUUUAGUGAGUGUUUAAUUCUGAUUUGGGUUAUAUCUGUAGACGGAAGACUGAUUCCACGAAAAAAGAUGCGUUUUCAAAGACCCGAAAAAGGUGUCUGCUCUCGCAGGCUUGGAUACUUGUGGACGGGGCCUAAUAUUUUUAAUGUCUUUUAUUUUUUGCACGGGUUGAGUGCAUCGUGUGCACUCUGCAUCUACAACAUGAGUUUUACGUAAAGGGCAAAAAGUCUAUAUUUUAUACGGCGUUUUUAUUCUUCGUUCACGAAUUUCCAGCGUGUGCGAAACUUGUUAAAAGUACAAUUACGUUCUUUUCGUUAUACUUAUUUUUUUCUUUAAAAGAUGAUCUGAAUAGUCACUUCGAAGACCCCCACUGAAAAGUGUUUCGCUCACCGUAACAGUAAGCAUAAUUAUACAUCGUAGACGAGCAUCCGACUGAACGUCACAAUCAAAAUUUGCUAAACUUUCUGUUUUUUUUCAAUAGAGAAUUGUUUGAAAUUCAACAACUACAGACUUUUGUCAACGCUAAGGGUAGAGUAUCCUAAUUUUGGAGGAUAAAAGCAGCUAAGAGUUGAUGUCGAAUAAUAUAGUUAACAUUACAUUAUAUUUAUAUUCUAGUACGACGAUUUUUUCCUUGAACUCGUCGUUUAGAAGAAGACUAGCACUGACCCCUACACUGCGUCAAAAAAGAAAAAAAAACUCCCCUAUCCCCCCAAAAUCUUUACAUAUUAUAUUCUCCAUUUAUUGUAGAUUUUACUCGAACAUUGAACUAUUGAAAGCUGUGUUCUGCAAACAACCGACUAUUAAAAUUUUGGCUCAUUGCAGAAAAAUAGUGAGCAGUGAAGGUACCUGCUGGGCCCUCAAACUAGGGGCUGUCCAUCUUAUAUUCCAUCCAAAUGCUGUGUCUGAGCCUACGUCAAUAGUGGUCUACAGAUGGAGAUCCAGUGUCUGCUCACCCCCACUACAGGAACACGAGGCUAUUGUCAGCAAUGUUAUUGAACUAUCUUCCCACGAUGGCCAACGCCUGCAAUUCAAUGCCAUGGUGACUUUGUCACUUUCUCACAGUGCACCGGAACUACGGGGCUAUGAAGUGGUGAUAAAAAGGCAGAUCAACAAGGAGACCAAUGAAUGGGAAGACGUGAGUGGAACCAAGAACUUACGCUGUCGCCAAGGUAUAGAAAUGUUCUCUAUGUAGUAGACUUAAAGCAACUAUAGAGAACCGUUUGGCAGAUCCUGUUUCUGUAAGCAGGAUGCGGCGUACGUCUUCUGUAUUGCUGAAGGGUUUGCUUUGUUUCUUUUUAAAGAUAGUGUUAUUACGUGUUACAGUUGCGCUUGCGCUCUCGAUCUGAGACUUGUUUUUCUUUUUCCCGGUGUUGAUUUAUAUAACGUCAGUCUUUUUAGAUGCCAAAGAAAGUGUAUCUGAUAGUUACAUUUUACUGGUAUUUUGUAUCGGUAACAGAUAUCGAAGAUGAGCACCUUUUUCAAAAGGAUAUACCAGAUCCUUUCUUUCCUGUUGUUCAAGCUGAUAUAACUGAGGGCUCGACAUAUGCAGCGGUUUGCCGUCUCAAAUCUUCUCCAACUUACACCAUCACACCUGCUGGUGGCUCAUUUAGUCAUCCUCAUUAUCCAGGGGUGAUGAUUACAUUCCCUGAGAAUGCUGUUGCACCUGAAACGGCGUUUUCCUGGUGCUAA